ACUAUAUAUUUGCCUCUGUCCGACGCAGGUGUAUAGUAUGCGUGAAUAACAUGUAGGAUGCCGCAGAUUAUCAUCGAUAAUGUAGGUAUACCUUUUUUGAGACUGACCCUUUUGGGUCCGAACUUUUCCGGCAAGACGUUUCUGGCGAACGCUCUCCUGAAUAACAUGUUGCCGCCAGUUUACAGACACACCAAACUUCCGGAGAUAUACUACUAUCUACACCGACUCUCAAGCGACAAUCCGCUUACAAAUGAAGCAUAUGACGAUGUAAACUCGUUCAUGUUUGAGAUUGAAGAUACAACCACGGAUACAGACCUUUUCUCCUUCAUAGACAUGAAGAGCUUUCAAUACCCAUAUGAUGAAGAAUGCAAGGUUUACAUUCCCUUUAGCAGCUACAAUCCUCCAAAGAUCCCCCUGAAGGCCGACGAUGAAUACGUUCCAACGUCUCAGAGGAGAAUGUCGUUCUUGGUGCUCUUUGACGCAACCUCUAGGGAGUCUUAUCUAAAUGCAAUUUCAAUCAUAGAAGUACUGCUUAGCCGCAGCAGUAUAGGAGUGAUGGAGCCCAUUGUUGCUCUCGUAGCCAACAAGGUUGAUUUGUUGGACGUCUCCUUUAUGAACAGAGAUACUUUUGGAAAUACAAUCGACGUGCUCUCUGAAGCUGAGAGAUAUUCUCAGAGCAAGACCAUCCCAUUUUAUAGAAUUUCUGCGCUUACCAAAAAGAAUGUCAACACUAUGAUCAAGGAAAUUGCCUACUUGAUUUAUGGCAAUGUAAGACUCUGGGAACUGGUGUUGAACGAUGACUAGACUAUCAUUUAAAUGUACAAUUAAGAUUUA